UUGCCACUCAUUUCGUAAAAGUGCCGCCACUCGAACGCACCGCAAUCGGUGGAACGCGCAACGCACGCGCAACAAACUCGUCAAAAAGUAACCAAUCUAUGAAACCAACCAAAAUCAGUAGUGAUAAUGUGCAGUUGAGAGACUAAAUACAAAAGAACAAUCCUUAAAAUACACAACAUAAAACAACCCAAUCGAUCAUGGUCAUGGAGAUGUCCAAGACGUAUCAGUACCGCAAGGUGAUGAAGCCGCUGCUGGAGCGCAAACGGCGAGCCAGGAUCAACAAGUGUCUGGACGAUCUCAAGGAUCUGAUGGUGGAGUGCCUGCAGCAGGAGGGCGAGCACGUCACCCGGCUGGAGAAGGCGGAUAUCCUGGAGUUGACCGUGGAUCACAUGAGGAAACUCAAGCAGCGGGGUGGUCUUUCGCUGCAGGGAGUAGUGGCUGGUGUUGGCAGCCCACCCACCUCAACCAGUACCGCCCACGUGGAGUCCUUUCGCUCCGGCUAUGUGCAUGCUGCCGAUCAGAUUACCCAGGUCCUGCUGCAGACACAGCAAACCGAUGAGAUUGGGCGCAAGAUAAUGAAAUUCCUAUCGACGCGACUAAUUGAGCUGCAGACGCAGUUGCUCCAGCAGCAGCAGCAACAGCAACAACACCAGCAGCAGCAAAUACCGCAAUCAUCAGGCCGCCUAGCCUUCCCGCUGCUGGGAGGAUAUGGACCGGCAGCCGCCGCUGCCGCCAUUAGUUACAGCUCCUUCCUGACCAGCAAGGACGAACUGAUCGAUGUGACAUCCGUCGAUGGCAAUGCGUUAUCCGAGACGGCGUCGGUUAGCUCGCAGGAGUCCGGCGCCUCUGAGCCCGUCUGGAGGCCCUGGUAAUUGGGCGUGCCCAAUAUGGAUCUUAUCCCUAAUAUUAUAAUCGCAACCCAAAAAAAUGGCUAUUGACCGUUCUGCAACAAGAUCCGUUGUCUUCCAAAGUAAAUCAUAUCAACCUAAGUUAAUUGAGGUCUAAUCGAUUUCUGAAUGGUUUUGAAAUACUUUUAGUUUUAGUUCCGAUAAUGGUAAUUUGUAAAUUAAUUGUUUAAUUUCAACUGUGAUAUAACUAAAGUACGUUGAUCAAUCAAUCAGUGAAUAUAUAUUCGAGUGCGCUAUUUUCCUACUCCAAAAGUUCCCUAAGUUUAAUAUCUCGUUGCGCUCUCUUUAUUGUUUAGCAUAUAUUAAGCUUUAAAUAAUUUAUAAAUGUUAAUUUAUGAUUAGUUGAGAAAGAAUAAUCAAAAAUACACUACCCAAAUAAAAUAAAUGAUUUAAAUUG